AGAGUGCGUCGUGAGCUGAAAGUUUGGAGCCGUCUCAAACACCAUAGCAUUCUUCCCCUCUGUGGAGUGGCAAACGACUUUGGACCCCACCCGGCAAUGAUUUGUCUGUGGGCUGAUAAUGGAGCUCUUACCGGUUUUCUUGAGCGUCAACAACACGUGUUGUCGCCUCAAGAUAAGUUUUCCCUUCUGAAUGACAUUGCCCUUGGAUUGCAAUACCUUCACAAUGAAUCAGUUAUUCAUGGUGACCUGACAGGGUCAAAUGUCUUGAUUUAUGGCAACGGUCGGGCAUGCCUUGCUGAUUUUGGUCUCUCCACUAUCAUCUUGGAGUUCGUCGGUACCUCUUAUUUCACGAGCUCCAUCCGAGGGAAUGUCAGAUGGGUAGCUGCAGAGUUAUGUGAAGCACCAGAAGACGGUGAAGUCUCGCUGAGCACCGAGUGCGAUAUAUAUUCAUUUGGCAGUAUCACCUUGCAGGUGUUGACUUGCAAGGUACCCUACUACAACGUGAAGAAUGAAAUUUUAGUGUUGGGACAGGUCCUCAAGGGCAAGAAACCAGAGCCUCCCAAGGAGUCGCCAAUAGCGCCCGGGCACUGGGAGUUCAUACAACGAUGCUGGUUGCCUCGUGCAAGUCGUCCUUCGGUUGGAGAAAUCGUAGCAUUUGUUGAAUGUGAGCUUCGCUGA